AUGGCUGAGACAUAUGCAACUGAUGUUAGUGAUAUUGAUCCUAAUAUCAAAGCUCUUGCCGAGCGUAUCAAAAAUGGACAAGCCACCCGAAUUGUCGUGUUGGCCGGAGCAGGCAUUAGUACAGCAGCAGGAAUACCUGACUUCAGAACCCCCAAAGCUGGCCUUUACGACAAACUUGAACCACUCAAAUUGCCAUAUCCGGAAGCAAUUUUCCAUAUUAGCUACUUCUCUCACACGCCGGAACCAUUUUACGCAAUUGCACGGGCCCGUCAUCCAUGUAACCUGAAGCCAACUAUCUCCCACGCAUUUCUGGCAUUACUUGUGAAAAAAGGCUUUCUCCAUUUUAUAUUUACCCAGAACAUUGAUAGUCUGGAGGAAGAUGUCGGCAUUCCUCCUAACAAGGUUUUUCAGACUCAUGGAAAUUGGAAGGAUCAACAUUGCUAUAAAUGCAAAGCGAGGUAUCCAGAUGAUCUCAUGAAAAAGGCCAUUCGAUCGGGAGAGGUGCCCUAUUGUCUAAGCCCACAGUGCAAUGGUGUGGUGAAGCCUGAUGUUAUCUUCUUUGGGCAAGAACUAUCUAAUGAUUUUGAAGAAAAAGAGAAACUUGUUUCGGAGGCGGAUCUCAUGCUUGUUAUGGGGACUAGUCUCAAGGUCGCGCCUUGUUCGAGUUUUCCACUCUUGGUGAAAGAAGGUGUACCCCGUGUUCUGAUAAACAUGGAGCAGGUGGGAGAUAUCGGGCGCAAAGAUGAAGAUGUGUGUAUCCUUGGAGCUUGCGACGACGGGGUUCGCAAACUUGCGGGUGCUCUAGGGUGGUUGCAGGAACUUGAAGCUCUCUGGAAGAAUGCGGUGGAAUCUAAGAAGGAGGACGUGAACUUUGAAGGCGGGCCUACUUUGGAUGAAUGCAUUGGAAAUUUGGUUAGUAGCAUGGGAUCCAAGAUGAUCUCUGAUGGACAUAAGAGAAUGUUGGAGAAUCAUUUAGGUCAUAAACUUGCACAUGUCAUGGCUAGAAAGGCUGCGAGACGUUAA